AUGUCCUCCACUAUCGGGACCUCUAAUCCGCCGAGACUCUCUGCAUUGUCUUCUAUUCGGCGCCCUCAACAUGCCUUCUCUCAUUCACCGAAAAAAGUUAAAUCUCUCAGACAGCACAAUGCCGAUAUCCAUGAUCCCCGCCCUUCUUCAUCGUCUCUUAACGAGACCACCGUCAGUGCGACCAUAUCCACACUUUUAGACUCAAAAUAUUCUGCAUCUUAUAACAUCGCUACCACACAAACAUCCUCAACUCCUCAUUUUCUCCGUUCUUCUCGUUCUAAUUCAUCAGUCCAUUAUGAGCUCGCAGCAACUCGAUAUACCCGCAUGUCUCUUUUGAGUGGAAGGACCAGCAGAUCAGUAAUUCCAGUGGCUUGUCCAUCCACUGAGUCCUCGACAAUAGUGCAAUCUGCUACUAACCAGCGAUCACUUCGCCAUCAACGGACAUGUGUUACUCGAAAAGAUAAAUUGUUAAACGAUGGUCUCGUUUCUUCCGAGGAGGAACGUAUAAAAUCAACAGCUGAGAGAAGGGGGAAAAGUUUCCAAAACAAUAUAGAAGAAACAAGGGAUUUGCGGGUCUCUAGUGCACAAGGUGAUGAUGAUAAGUUGGUUCAAAAAGCUGAUAUAAAAUCUGGAGUAGGUUCGUCCAUCGAACUGAAUAGUAUCCUUGACAGGAGAGGCGCACGCUCCAUCCGAUCAGAUAAACCAUUUAAUUAUGCUCCAGUAAAUGGCGCGAUGACAUGCAGGGCGACAGCAGAAUGGUCUAAUGCUCCGAGAGGGCACGACCCCCCUCCUCCUUCAUCGGGUUGA